AAUCAAGUCAGGAGAGAGAGAGAGAGAGAGAGAGAGAGAGCUUAGUAAAAGCUUCAAUCAAGAUUGACUGAGAAGAGGCAAGACAGAACCGAAUGGCUUCAACUUCCGCAGUUUCAAUGGCUAUGCCAAUUACUAAUGCGACCCAGAAGAGAGCAAGGAGCACCGACGCCUUCGCUAAGGCAUUGCCUUUGAGGCCUUCCAACAAGCCAACCGCUUCAUCAAACUCCAGAGCCAAGUUCCAAGUGCGGGCUUCUUUGAAGGAGAAGGCAGUUGCUGGACUCGCUGCAACUGCACUGACGGCCUCCAUGGUGCUUCCUGAGGUGGCUGAAGCGGCUGGGCCUGGAGUUAGUCCCUCUCUAAAGAAUUUCUUGCUCAGCAUUGCCGCCGGUGGGGUAGUCGUCGCUGCUAUCUUGGGUGCGAUUAUCGGCGUUUCCAAUUUCGAUCCGGUCAAGCGUACCUGAGCUGAGGAGGAUGACAUUCCACCAAUUGUGUUUUCAUUUUCCUUUCUUCAUAAUGCCGUCGUCCCAUGAUGUUCCAUUGUCUGUAGUGGUUGGUUCUGUGUUUUGUGUGUAAUAUGCGGCUCCUGCCGUAAAUCACCAGAAACUGUGAUAUAUAUUGAAUGUAAAGUACCUAUUUGCUCAAA